CUCCACCCCCGGCCAAGGGGAGGGCAGGGGAGGAGGGAGGGUGGGGUGAGGCGGCUCGGCCCGGCCCCCGGGCCUCUCCUUCCAGGCCUGGCGGCUGGUGGCCCCUAAUCGAGAAGGAGGGACUCCAAGUGUCUCCAGCGCGCUCCAGGGAGGCUGGAGGGCUGGGAUCUCCGCGCACAGGUGGGCCUGGAUGAGGCCUGGGGACUUUGUCCCAGCCACGCUCCUCCCCACACCAUGUGCACUCCCGAAGAGACGUCGCUACUACAAGCGGAAGAAGCUUUCUCGGCCUUGCUUGACCGCAUCAACACUCUGAUCUUCGAGCCUUUGCUUCUGACCGGGGAGCCUUCUGACUGCAAGGAGCGGGAGUGUGUACAGUUGCUGCUGAAGCUCACGGAGCAGGGCCGGCACCUGCGGGACCUGACCCAGGCCAGCCUCGGGACGCUGAGGCAGAGGCUGCGCUCCCCGGCCACCUUCAGCCUGCACUCCGUGCACCUCCUGCACAGGCCGGACCUGUUCCUGGAGGCCUACAGACAGUAUUUUGGGACAUACACCAGGUGUGUGGUGGUGCAGAUCUUUCAGAAGACCACCAGCAAGAAGAGCGAGUUUUGGAGGAGCCGGAGGAAGGCGCUGAAGCAGUUCCUGACCAGUGUGACCUUGGAGACCUCGGGGGCAGCGGCCCUGUCCGGUGUCCUCUGCCAGCCCCUCACAGAUCAUGUGCAGCAGUACGUCCUUCUCCUGCUGAGACUCGGAGAUGCUGUGGGUGAGCACCACCCUGCCCGGGAGUUGGCUAUUCAGGCUGCUGAUGGCUUCGUGACCCUGCAGAGUUUAAUCAGACAAGCUCUGGAGGAGGCUUCAGCUACCCAAGCUCUGUGGGGGACGCUGAGCAGUCGGCUGGUGGACGCCCUCUGCACAGCAGAUCGGCGAGUGCUUCAGGACAGCCAGGACAUGCCAGUGGUGGCCAGCCCAGUGCGAGCUGACCGAGUCCUCCUUUUCAAUGAUGUUCUUGUUCUUCUGCAGGGUAAUGGCUUCCAGACCUUUGACCUGAAGCUGGUCUGGGUAGAGGCCAGCCCUGACAAGACGCAGGUCUCCAGCAGGUAUGAGUUCCAUGUCAUCACACCUGAAGAAGAAUUCUCUCUCUCUGCAAGGGAUGCCCACAGCAAGGCUUGUUGGCUGUCCAAGAUGAACCAGGCCAUCUGCCAGGCACUGAGUGGGAAGACAGACAUCCCUGGGCAGGAGCAGGACCAGGAUCCGGAGGGGGACGAACCUCCUGCCUCCCGCAGCUGCCUCUAUACUUUCCGGACCGAGGACCGGCUCCGUCUCGCCACCUAUGAUGGCAGUUGGUCCUGGGGGAAGCCUCAUGGAAAGGGCACCUUGAAGUGGCCAGAUGGAAGAAAUCAUGUUGGCGAUUUCCACCGGGGCUUGGAGCACGGGUUUGGGAUCCACCUGGUUCCUAGUGGGACUGAAGACAAGUAUGACUGUUACAAAUGCCACUGGCGGGAGGGCCGGAUGCAGGGCUAUGGCAUCUGUGAGUACGCCAAUGAGUCUGUGUAUAAAGGCUACUUCCAAGACAACAUGCGACAGGGGUUUGGGAUCCUGGAGAGCUCCCCUCAGGCCCCACAGCCCUUCAAGUUCAUGGGACACUGGGACAGGGACAAGAAGAAUGGCUAUGGGGUCUGGGAGGACAAAGACAGAGGGGAGCGUUACAUUGGGAUGUGGCAGGCUGAUCACCGGCAUGGGCAGGGCAUUGUGGUUACCCAAUCCGGCAUCUGUUACCAGAGGACUUUUCAUGCAGAUAAGAUGGUGGGCCCUGGGAUCCUCCUAUCAGAAGAUGACUCACUCUAUGAGGGCAGUUUUACAAAAGACCUGGCCUACACAGGGAAGGGCAAAAUCACUUUUCCUAAUGGCUACUUUCUAAAGGGAUCCUUCAGUACUGGGGUCGGCAGAGGCUUCCAUACCCAGGGUAUCCUGGAGACCACCGCUCACCCUCUGGAUCCCAUGCACACCUGUAAACGCCAGCUGGGGCUCGAUGCCUUUCCUGUGGAGAGCCGAUGGCCGGGCAUCUACCAGCAGUUCCGGGACUUCAUCCGCUUUGAUUGUCCAGAGGAUGCUCAGGAAGCUUUCUUGGGUUUCCACAUCCAGACAAUUAAGGAGUUCCGGAAAUCCCAGGAGUAUCUCUUCUGUGACAGUAAUCCGGAUGAAGUCUCAGCAAAGAUCCAGGACAUUCUUGCAGAACUGCCAACACACCGGGAGCCAGAGUCACUCCAACUCUACCUUCAGAAAGCCCUGAAGUCUUCCGCCCACCCUCUGGGGAAGCUGCUGAAGCUGCUGACGCUGGCCUUCCAGGCCACUUAUUCCGGCGUGGGGGCCAACAAGCACCUGCUGGUCCUGGCCCAGGAGGAGGUGCAGCAUCACGCCAAGGAGAUCUGGGCUUUCUAUCGGGGACUGUUGCGGGUGGCCUUGAAGCAGCAGGGCCAGAUCCAGGAGGAGCGUGAAGACGCUGAUAAAAGUGCCCCCGAGGCCUACAGGCUGGUCCUGCCCCUCAUCCUGCCCUGCUUCUAUCCGGAGCUCUUCAUGCUGUACAUGCUGUACCAUGAGAAAGAAGACGGCCUCUACAGCCAGGGGAUAGUGCACCUCAGCCUGUUCCCGGACACCAAGGUGCUGGAGUACCUGGAUGUGCAGAAGCACCUGUGGCCUCUCAAGGACCUCACACUGACAACCAAUCAGAGAUACUCCCUGGUUAAAGACAAGUGCUUCCUUUCUGCCACUGAAUGCUUACAGAAGAUCGUCACCACAAUGGAUCCCCGGGAGAAGCUGGAGAUGCUUGAGAAGACCUAUGAUGAGAUUGAGAACACGGUUUCCCGGGUUCUGGAGCGGGAAUAUAAGCUUCCCAUGGAUGACCUGCUGCCCUUGCUCAUCUACGUGGUGUCCCGGGCCCGGAUCCAGCACCUGGGAGCAGAAAUCCAUCUGAUCAGGGACAUGAUGGAUCCUAUCCACAGAGGAGGGUUGUAUGAUUUCCUGCUGACUGCCUUAGAGUCCUGUUACGAACACAUCCAGACAGAGGACAUGAGGCUGCCCCGCUUGGCCAGAGUCAGCAAUCAGAAGGCUCUUUGGUAGCUUGGACCUGGUUCUGAGUCCUG